AUGGGCGAUAACGAGGCGAACGACAUCGGUUACGCAUUAGUCCAGGGCAUAUCUAUCCGAGAAGCCUCCACUUACAUCCCAGCCAUUGUCCGUGCCAUUGUAAAUGCUACAACAGAAUUGAUCAACAUGGGCGCGAAUCGAAUAGUAAUACCCGGAAGCGGUCCCCUCGGAUGCUACCCUUAUAUUCUCACGGCCUUACCCGAUACCAAUCCCUUUGCCUACGAUCUUUUCGGCUGUCUCAAGAGCAUCAAUAAUCUCAUAAUCUCCAAAAACGCAGCCCUCCAAGCCGAAAUUUUGAAGCUCCCUUCGAAAUUUCCCACCACACAAAUAUUGUAUGCAGACAUAUACACAGGCGUGACAACAGUCUUGCAACAAGAUUUUUUCUCAGGGAACUUGACACUAAAAGCAUGUUGUGGAGUUGGCGGGAAAUAUAGUUACAGCAGCACGAGGUUUUGUGGUAGCCCGGGAGUGCCCGUUUGUCCCAACCCGAAUCAAUAUAUCUAUUGGGACGGCAUACACUAUACGCAAGAGGCUUAUUUUCGCUAUCUUCAACCUCUCGUGCUUCCCACUCUCGUAGCGCUCAAAUGCACAUUCGUUUGA